GGGUUUACCGAAAGAAGGUGAAGAAAUGUUCAUUUUGUCCAAUGAAUCAAUUAUAAACAAACCUAUUCAAAAUACAAAUCUACAUCAUAUUCCUCAACCAAUCAACUUUUAUGCCCAACCAAAUAAUAUUCCCAAGCUGUCGAAAUUACUGACCGAUUGUCAACUAUCUCAGUUGGAUAAAGUUGAAACUUUGUUACAGACUAGUAAAGAUUUAUUUAAACCAUUUAUACUGGAGUCUGUGAAGUUAUUAAAUCUGGAAAAUUCUGCUUGUUUCCUGAUUCGACGUAUAACAAAACAACUAGAAGAACAAACCUAUUCAGCUUCACAGCAGCCUGGAUUAAUUGGAUCCGAUUUGACAAACGUUCAGUUUGUUCCCAAUGUGGUGCCUAACUUUACGGUUACAGCAGGUUUACCAUUCAAAAAGUUCAUUAAUCCAGAAAAUGUUACUCCAGCAAAAGAAUUCAGUAUAUGGAAUUAAGAGAUGCACAUGGACUUAUUCUAGAUGAUUCGAACUGGAUGAGUUUAACGCUGGAUAAUUCACAUUUAAUUGGUUUACCUUUAAAUGAACACAUACGAAAACAACCCUACUUAUUUAGGCUUCUGAUUCAUUCUGUUGACCAGAAAACUCCGAUAGCAAUCGGUUUCACUGUAGAAGUACAGGAUUGGUUUGAAACUGUAAAACGUGAUAAAUCUUUUCAGCAUAAUCAUCGUGUUCGUCUACGUAUCUUACCUCCAAUUCAGUCUUCAGUUACUCAACCUGUAGAGAUAUGGCCAGCUAGACCUGCGAAUUCAUUAAAUUAUAGAUGGAAACUUUCGAAUGUUAUUGAUCAAUUUCUUCGACCUAACUGUCCUCCCCCGUGUAAUCCAGAUGUUGGAAUUUGGCAGAUAACACAACAAAAUGUAAACAGUUUGUCUGUUACAUGGGCUCAACUUUCACUGCUUCUCGAACAAGGAAAACAGUUGAAUGACAAAUCAGAUGAAAAUAUGCUCAGUUGUCCAUGGGAUAAAUUUGAUCAUCUACAGAAUCUACUGAUUUUUGCACCAACACUAGUAUCAGCUCAAAAAAAUUUAGGUCUUGUGACAGGUCUCGCUAAUGAUGGUCAACUAUACUUAUCGCCUUGGUCGGCACCUUCAAAUCUCUUUAGAGCUCAUAUAGAAUCAUCUGGACUGGGUAUAGUUGAAGCUGCUGUAGUCGAUCGUAUGGGAGGUUGUACACGACAUGCUAAUAAGUUUGAAGGACAGGAGGUUUCUGGACAAACUUUGCAAAAUAAAUAUUCUUCUUUCUCAAGUCUUGAGAAUGAAAAGAUUAUGAACUUUACCGUGUUUACUGGUGAAGGCUUUCGACGUAAAAUAGUAGACGACAACAUUCUGACAACUAUGUCUCGAGCGAAUAUCCAUCUAUACGACAUGGGUGGAAGACAGAUUGGUUCAUCUCAUUGGAUCGGCUUAGAGAAAGAUAAAUCAACAAUAUUUGGAAUUAUUAUCGGUAAUUCUGUCCAACCUUCAAGUCAUAAAUUUCACAUAACUGAUAAUCCAGAAAAGAAUUUAGGUGUUCAGUUUUCCAUAUAUGUGGCAGGAUCCAAUCCUCAAUUACCAUCAACAUUUAACCAUCGGGUAGUAAUGCAUUUCAGUGCAGAUCAAAAUCGUCCAUGGACUGGAGGACAUAGUCUAGUAGAUCGAUGGAUACUUAUAUCUGCUUUGGAUGAUUUCCUUAGACCUCAUUGUAUUGGUAGUAUGAUAUGUCGAAAUGAUAUGGAUAUUAUACUUUUUACACUUAAUUAUCAAGCUUCUGGAUUCUCUGUUAUAUGGGCUCAAAAGUCAGUGCUUAUCCUAUCCAGUAAUGUAAAUACAAAUAAAACUUCAGAAAUUGUAGAUUCAUAUACUGAACAAGAAUAUUGGAAUCAAUGGUCUAGAAAUAUUCAUCACAAUGUAAAGCGUAGCAUCGAUUCCAUUCAAACUAACUUCCAGUUCAACAGAAAUCUUGACUGUAAUACACAUUUAAAACAGUGUCAAACUUCACUUUUGUCUUCUUCAUCUACUAAUCCCUUUUCUAAGACUAAUACUAAUGAACAAAACAGAAAUAUGUAUAGAGUUAAACGUACUUUAUUCACAACAACAGAUUGUCCUGAAAGAGAAAUAAGCAAAUUAGAAAAUCGUUUAUUGGGAGAAGUAAGAAAAGAUGUACAACAUCCUUCUAUAGAAUUUGUUAAACAUUUAAGAGAAUCUGGUGUAGGUCAAUUGGAUGAAAUACAAAUUGAACGUCUUGGUCCAUGUAUUCAUACACAACAAGCUUUACCUAUCUUCAUUCCCGUACCUGGAUUGGAGAAUAAUCGUGAUAAUUUUCUUUCAAGUUAUGGAAAGACAAAAGAAUAUGGCGAAUCUUUUCAAUCCAUUUCACCUUCACCAUCAUCAUCACUUUCUUCUUCUUCAUCCAUUCAUCAAGAUACAGAUAGAUCAAGAAUAAUUCUACUUGGAACUCUACUACCAAUCUGUAUUUCACUUAUUUUACUCUUGUUAGGCGUAUUAGGUUUUGUAUGGUAUCGAAAGCGGAGUAAAUCAUGUACAAAUGGAAUACACUCUCAUCCAUCAUCGAUUAUCAACAGUGGUCAUAAUGUUGUCAAUCCAGAGACUGAAAAAAUGUUAACAACAGUAAGUAGUCCAAAAAAAUCAACAGGUAAUGGACGUCAGAUAAAAAAUCCCAAAACUGGUAAUAUGAAUACUGAAAACUCUUCCAAUCCAUCAGAAAAUAAUUGUAAAUCUCCUAAAAAGCCUAUGAUUUUAACCAAUGAACGACCACCAUUUAAACCACCCGACUAUAAUCCAGGCUUUACAGAUUCAACGGACAAAUUACCUAUGACUAAUCUAUCUCCAUCACAAAUCACCAAUCUACCAUUACAGAAUACAAAUGAAAUGAUAUCAAGUGGAAUGAUGGAUAUAAGAAAUCAACCAAAAGUAAACUUUAGUCUUCGACCUAAUCCAUACAGAAAUUUACCUCCUCCAAUUGAAAACAAACCUGGAAUGCCUCCACCUGGUUUACAAAUACCCUAUACACCAUAUCGUAAGAUUAUAUCAUUUCCAAAUCAAUCUAUUGAUCAAAAGAGAUAGGCAUCAGACAAUAGAAUAAACAAAUCUCCUCCAGCCCUCCACCCCCCAAAAAAAUUUUUUUUUAAAGUAUGUCAUAUACAGAAAAUGUUAUCGCCUCAUUUUUCUUCUAUUGUUCCAUUUCAAUUGUUUCCUUCUUUACUCCCUUUUUCAGCCUCUCCCAUUCUUUUAUCUCAACAGAAAAUUUUCAUUAUUCAUUAUUUUUCAGUAUGAUUUUGUUUCUGUUCAACUAAAUCCAGUUAAAAUCAGUGAGUACAUUCAUAAUAAUAAUAAUAAUAAUAAAAGGUGAAAUUCUGUUGAUAAAUCCAGUUUAUUCUAUGUUCCAGUUGAUAACUACUUUCCAAAAUUCAAAUAUGCCUCCACUUAUUAUUUAAAGAAAAACAUUUUUUUCAUUUUGUUUUAUUACCUUUGUUCAAUUCAACUGGAUUGCAUUUUUAUGACCUCUGUUAACAUGAAUAUGUUGUGUAGGUAAAUGAUUGUAUGCUUCGGUUUAUAUAUUUCAUAAAUUUCUUUAUUAAUGAAAAACUUUCAUUACUUAAUCAUUUUCUGACAGAUGCUUAUCUCUUUUCAUAACAAUCUUCUCCAAAGGAUCCUCUAGCCUUAAGUAAAGAUAAGAUUAUAUAUACUCUUCAGUCAACAUUUCUUCUAUAGAUGUGAAUAAUGAUACAAGAAUGAUAAGUCGAUAACUUCGACUGUCCCGAGAUGACGAUGAUGAUGAAGACAGAUUUUGAAGAAAGUUAUAGUAUGAAAGAAUUUAUUUCUCGUGAAACAAUCUUGAUUAUCACCUCUAUGUUCAUUAUAAGAUACUUGAAGAAUUAAUUUUCAGUGUUUAUUUUACAGGUGUUUUAUAAAUAAAAACACGGUAAAGGAAACUUUACCUGAAAAUAUUCCAUAGUUUUUAAGAUGAAUGGUAGUUGAGCUAUGUCAUGAAUUGACAGAAGUUGGAAAUUUUGAAUCAUUGAAAACCGACUCAGUAACUGAAUGGUUAACGUGUUCGCCAUGAAACCUAAAAGUCCUGAGUUCGAUCCCUAGCCGGAUAGUGGGUGCGUAUUGCUGAGGAGUCCCAUACUAGGACGAAACAGUUGUUCAGUGCUCCAAGAUUUUCAAUGGUUCCCUAACUGAUGUCAGUCCGUGAUGAAUACUACUUCUACAUUCCAGUAUUGUUUGUUUUCAAACUGACUUUCCUGAAUGUCUAUUUCUCUGUCUAUCUCAACUGUUAUUACAUUUUAACUGUUGCUUUUGUAUUAUUGUAAACUAUUUAUUGAUUUAUUUUUGAAUCGUUCCUUCCCUCCCCCUUCCCCCGCCCUAAAUUUCUCUUUGUUCACUGUUAACCCAUUAACAAUUCAACAAUUAAAACCUUAAGAGUCUAUCAAGAGUUC